GAAGUGCAACCGUGGCCUCCACAACUGCCAGCCGGGACAGAAGUGUGAAUACCGUCGGCAGUUUCAAAUGCGAGGCGCCCUUAACGGACACCGGAAGUGUGCCGCACGGGCAAUGUCCACAAGGCUAUCAGAUGAAUACACGUGCUGGACGGUGUGAAGAUAUUGAUGAAUGCGCCAUGAAUAUCGAUAACUGCGAAACUGGAAUGCGCUGCGAAAACGAACCCGGCACUUUCCGAUGUAUCCGCGAGGUCAGUUGUGGUACUGGCUACACAUUUGACGCUCAUCGCCGGGAAUGCAUAGAUAACGAUGAAUGUGUGCUGGGAAAUCACAAUUGUGGAUUGGCCUACGAAUGUAUCAACACUCAAGGCUCUUUCCGUUGCACACCGAAACGAUGUCCAAAGAAAAUGCGACUGGAUUACGAGCGGGGACAGUGUAUUCAUGUUGACUGCCCGCCGGGAUUUGAGCCGAAUGAUGAAGGAAACUGUGGCGAUGUGAAUGAAUGCGCUUCCCGUGGCGCUUGCAAAAGGAAUCAAGAUUGUUUUAACACCGUUGGCUCGUUUAUGUGUCGAGAUAUGCUAAACUGCGGAGGCGGAUACCUCAUGAACGAGGAGGGAACACGUUGCAAUGAUGUGGACGAGUGUGCGGAUGGUACCCAUACAUGCGUCGGCGGGCAGCGAUGCGAAAAUCGCCCGGGAAGCUACUACUGCUCCUGUGUAGAGGGAUUCGAAUUUGACAAUUCAAGAAAAGAAUGUGUAGACAUUGACGAAUGCAAGCGUUACGGCCUUAGUGCAUGUGUGCUGAGCGCGGAUUGUGAGAACUUUCCGGGAUCUUUUCGGUGCAUUUGCAAGGAUGGAUUCCGGCAGACCGCUGAUAAUAAUUGUCAAGAUAUCGAUGAAUGUGAGGAGCAUAAUCCCUGCCAGCAAGGAUGCAUUAAUACCUGGGGCGGCUAUAACUGUACCUGUCGAACGGGCUUCAAACUGGGCGCCGAUAACCGCAGUUGUGACGAUAUCGACGAAUGCAAAGAACAGACAACGCACCAGCUUUGUUUCGGUGACUGCAUUAACGUUCCGGGUGGAUAUAAUUGCACCUGCCCGUCCGGUUUCCGUAUGUUGCCCGAUGGCCGCAAUUGUCAGGAUAUCGACGAAUGCAAAGAUGAGCAGCAGUGCAGCCGAUCGGAUCAGAUCUGCACCAACCUUGAAGGAAGCUUCCAUUGUCACACUGUGCGCUGUCCACCGGGAUACAUCCAGGAUCAGGAUCAAAAGAACCGGUGUAGGAGACGUUCACUAGUGUGUCCGAUCGGCGAUUCGGCCUGCCUGCACCAGCCAAUAUCCUUUUCGUAUAACUUCAUGGCCAUUCCCAGCAAGCCCGUUUUCCCGCCAAAUGGCCGGAUUGAUCUCUUUACAAUGCGAGGUCCGCAGCAGCCCCACACUAACGUGGAAUUCAAUUUGGAGUUAAAAAAUACCCGCUUGCUCGUUCCUACUUCCAAACCAGCUGAUCGACGGUUUUUCGAUGUGCGCUCAACCGGUUUUAACCAGGCAACCAUAUCUCUGGUGAGAGCUUUUGAUCCACAAGAAGUGGACCUGGAAAUGCAAAUGAGCAUGACAACAAAUGGAGUUUUCAGCGGCAAAGCUGUUGCAAACAUCGUGAUUAUUGUUAUGAAAACGCGAAGUUCAGACUUUAUUCCUUUGCGGUAAAUGUGAAGUUUUACUGGUAUAUGUAAACAGUAUUACGCUGAACUGAACGAAUUCGUAUAGACGGCCAAGGUAAAAAAACGGCUGUUUUUUAUGUUGGACGAAUAAAAAGUACUUGGC